UUCUAAAUCUGGUGAUAAUGCAGAGGACCAGCGAAUACGUGAACUACACAGCAAAAUUGAAGAAAAUUCUGUACUCUUGAAACUUCAACCUUUUCGAAUUUGUCAGCAGCAGACCAAUUUUAAGAUGGCAAAUCUUCAUACUAUUUCAGAAGACUCACAGUUCAAACCCAAACUUGAUAGUGCCGGACAAAAGCUGGUCGUCGUUGAUUUCAACGCGUCAUGGUGUCAACCUUGUCGUACCAUAGCUCCUGUCUUUGCCCAAUUGGCUACUGCUCAUCCCAAUGCAGUAUUCCUUAAGGUGGAUGUCGAUGUGUGUAAGCAAACUGCACAGAAGUACAACGUCACCUCCAUGCCAACAUUCAUCUUCCUGAAGGGUGGGGUUAAGAUCGAUGAUGUGAAAGGAGCGAAUGCACCAGGGCUGACACAGAAGAUCAAACAACACUAUGUCAGUGGGGAUGAUGAUGAUGAAGAAGGAUCGGGAGUACCAGGAUAUAUUGAGCUAAAUGGCAUGAUAGAUAAACAACAAACAGAGUGCCUCAAUGAGAGUGAUGAUCAUCGCCUGGAAGCAUGCCUCAAGAAAGGAGAUAGUUACUUAGAAUCAGACUGUGAUGAGCAGCUCAUAAUUACGAUGUCCUUCCAGCAAAAUAUGAAACUCCAUUCCUUGAAAGUUUUGGGUCCAACCAAAAAUGGGCCAAAGGUCAUUAAACUGUUCAUCAACCAGCCUCAAACGUUAAGCUUUGAUGCAGCAGAGCGGAUGGAGGCUGUACAAGAGCUUACAGUGACACCAGAACAGCUGGCAGGUGAAAUAAUUCCACUGAGAUUUGUGAAGUUUCAGAAUGUACAGAAUGUAACUAUCUUUGUAAUGAAUAACCAAGAUGAUGAGGAGACAACAACUAUACAGUACAUUAGCUUCAUAGGAACACAAGUCAACACCACCAACAUGAACGAGUUCAAGAGAGUGGCAGGCAAGAAAGGAGAGAGUCACUGACACAAGAUAGUCCUAUCUUCUGAGAAGACCCCCUGUAGAUGUUACAUACCUUUCAUGUUUUAUUUAUAUUGGAGAGAUAACUUGUUCGUUUGGAGCCAGAGGGCAUCAACUUAUAUACUUUUAAAUCAGAGUUAAUGCCCUUUUGGCUCCGAACAGACAUUGUGUUCAGCCACAAAAACAUGGGUUUGGUGGAAUCUGAGAGAGAUUUAUGAAUGAAGUUUCUCUCUGUGGUGUUUAUAUCUCGAUACAUGUACAAAAUUGUUAACCAACACUUAUAAAUGGUUUUGUUUUGUGAAAUUACAUUGUAAAAGAAGAA